CAGAGGGAAGGCAGAGAGCGGAGCUGCUGCCGCCGUUGCCGCCGCCGAGGGCCAGGGCCUUGGACGCGUCCGGCGAAGAGAGCAGAAGGAGAAGGAAGGGGAAGAGGGGGGAGCCAGCUGGCCGCUCUCGGAGGACGCGGCCCGCAUCCGCCUGGGGAAGGGCAGAGGGAAGCGGAGAGGGAGCGAGCGGGCGCCGCCGCCGCCGAGGAGACAAAGAAGCGGAGCCCGCCUGGGCUGGGAGCCUCCCCGCCGCCGCCGCCCGCCCCGCUCCGCUCCCCGCCGGCCGGCCGGAGGACAUAGGAGGAGAAUCAGAAAACUCCACGUGUGGUGCAAACUCUGCCUGGGGGCAGGUGGUCCCAAAUCCUAAUUGCUGUUAUGGUUUUUUGACCCUUGAGAAAAAAGGUCCUGAACUUCUGUAACUGAAGAUUGUUUUAAGGAACACAUUUUCAAGGAACAUUUUAAAUGUGGUGGUGUAUAUAACUUUGUCGGAGAGUCCUGCCUUUCACUGCUUGGAUCCUUUUAACAGUGUGUCAAAGAAGGACUCCAUGAAAGAUGACAGAAGAAGUUAUUGUUAUUGCAAAGUGGGAUUACACUGCACAGCAGGACCAAGAACUUGACAUCAAGAAAAAUGAGCGUCUUUGGCUAUUAGAUGAUUCUAAGACAUGGUGGAGGGUAAGAAAUGCGGCCAACAAAACGGGAUAUGUGCCAUCAAAUUAUGUGGAGCGAAAAAACAGCUUGAAGAAAGGUUCUCUGGUUAAAAAUCUAAAAGACACAUUGGGCUUGGGAAAAACCAAGAGAAAGACGAGCGCGAGAGACGCCUCCCCCACUCCCAGCACAGACGCAGAAUACCCUUCCAACGGCAGCAGCGCCGACCGGAUUUACGAUCUUAACAUUCCUGCCUACGUGAAAUUUGCCUAUGUUGCCGAGAGGGAGGAUGAGCUGUCCCUCGUUAAAGGGUCCCGAGUGAUUGUCAUGGAGAAGUGCAGCGAUGGCUGGUGGAGAGGUAGCUACAAUGGACAGAUCGGCUGGUUCCCUUCAAACUAUGUGGUAGAGGAGGUUGAGGAGGCAACUGCAGAUUCACCCAGCUUUCUCAGCCUAAGGAAAGGCGCUUCCAUGAGUAACGGCCAGGGCACCAAAGUACUCCACAUCGUUCAGACACUGUACCCGUUCAGCUCAGUCACAGAAGAAGAGCUCAAUUUUGAAAAAGGGGAAACGAUGGAAGUCAUUGAAAAGCCAGAAAAUGACCCAGAAUGGUGGAAAUGUAAAAAUUCCAGAGGUCAAAUCGGUCUUGUUCCUAAAAACUAUGUAGUAAUCAUUAGCGAUGGUCCUUCCAUGAACACUUCCCAUCCACCUCAGAUAAGCUACACGGGACCAUCUUCUACCGGACGAUUUGCUGGAAGAGAGUGGUAUUACGGGAACGUUACCCGGCACCAAGCAGAAUGUGCCCUGAACGAAAGGGGAGUGGAAGGAGAUUUCCUUGUUAGAGAUAGUGAAUCUUCGCCCAGUGACUUCUCAGUAUCUCUAAAGGCAUCGGGGAAGAACAAACAUUUCAAGGUGCAGCUCGUGGACAAUGUCUAUUGUAUUGGGCAGCGACGAUUUAAUACUAUGGAUGAGUUGGUGGAACACUACAAAAAGGCUCCCAUCUUCACCAGUGAACACGGGGAAAAGCUAUAUCUUGUGAAAGCACUUCAGUGACCUUGAAGAUGGACUUGGCCACCUGGGCCUCUUAUAACUUACAAGCCUUAGGUCCUAAAUUCACUUUUAUAGAGCAGAGCAAUAUCUGAAGCAGGCUUAAGGAAUAGGCUCUUUCUAAAGUGUUUGCUCUGUCAGUUGCUGUUUGUCCUUUUUUUUUUUUUUUUUUUUUUUUGCCUCUUUUUGUGUUCCAGUUUUGUUAACCUCUGACCACCUCUCUUCAGGUUGAGAGUUUCCCUUGGGUGGCCAUGGCGAGCACUCACCUUCCCGGCAGAGUUCAAAACGCCCCUCUCCUGUGUACGUUUACAUAGUUAGCUCAGAUCAAGGAGGGGUGUUUUCAAUUCAAACCAGUGUUAAUCUGUUCAGACUGCUCAUGCAGGCAGAACUCUCCAUUCAGCGACAUCGGGCACAGUUUGAAUGCACUGAAGCUGCAGCUGCUUAAGUGAGAGAGAGUAGACAUAACAGUUGUGGCUGUGAGUUCUGUAGCUAUAUCGCUUACCAAGUAGGAUAAUACAAAACCUCCUAGUUCCUAGAAGCACUCUUUACACUGUACUCUGCUAUUACGUUGCCUCUCUGAUUCUUUGUAAAGAGUACACUAAUUAAAAGCAUUUUGUAAUAGUACUUCUUAAACUACUAUGGUAAGAUUGUAGUAAAAGAAAACUAGUGUAUUUUGGUCUGUAAUUGCAACAAAGAGAAAUUUUAUUUGAAAGUUGAUUACUAGAGAAAGAAUAAUUGAAUUGUAAAGGCUGAAUGUUUUGGUAAUCUACAACCAAAUGUGCCAUCCACAUAAUGCUUUUUCCUCUUGCCCUUCUGCUUGUUUGAAUUAAACGAUUAUGUAUUUAAUUCUCAAAGUAAUAUGUAUCUGUAGCUGAUUGUUGACACUAAUACAGAAGAUUAAUAAAAACUGAUUUUGGGACAGGGUGGGGCGGGCUACCAACACUAUAUAUAUAUUUGCUUUACGGAAAGAAAUCUUCAGGUUUUACAGAGGAUGGCGUGGUUGGUAGGAAGAGACACAGAAUGUUUAUGAAGAAAAUGCAUUUUUCUCUUUUCUUUACAUUUAAACUCCUUUAUGGUUUAAAUAUACAGUCUUUAGAUGGCACAUUCCUGAGAUUGAAGAAGGGAUCAUGGGAUCUCAAAAUCUUGCAUACUCAGUUUUUUGGAUAUUGUAAUAAAAAAGGUAUUACGUCA